AUGGCCUUGAGCAACAAAACCAUGAUCGUGACAGAAUUCAUCCUUCUGGGUUUUCACACCACCAGGGACAUGAAGAUCUUGCUCUUCAUCAUAUUCCUGAUUGUGUAUGUGCUGACAGUUUUAAGUAAUACUGUGAUCAUACUAUUGGUGUGGACUUGCAACCACCUUCACUCACCUAUGUAUUUGUUCCUUGCAAAUCUCUCCUUUCUAGAAAUCAUGCUCACUUCUUCUGUUAUACCUAAGAUGUUGGCCAUUACUAUUUCACAAGUAAACACCAUAUCCUUUGAAGGCUGUAUUGCCCAGUCUUUCUUCUAUUUUCUCUUUGGGACAAUAGAGUUCUUCAUCCUAGCAAUUAUGUCAUUUGAUCGUUAUGUUGCCAUCUGUAUCCCUCUAAGGUACCCCACCAUCAUGAGAACCCAGGUCUGCCUAAAGAUGAUGAUCACCUCUUGGGUGGGAGGGUUGUUGUAUGUUCUGCUGCCUUCCAUUGUGACUAUAAAACUACCAUUCUGUGGUCCCAAUGUCAUAGACCACUUUUUCUGUGACUCUGCCCCUAUGUUGAAACUGGUGUGUGGUGAUCUCCAUGUGGUAGAGAUGGUUCAUUUUAUCUGCUCUGCAGUUCUCCUCCUGAGCUCUCUCUUCUCCACUCUAACCCCUUAUAUCUUCAUUGUCUUUACCAUUGCCAGAAUCCCCUCUUCCCAGGGACAGUGGAAGGCUUUCUCCACUUGUGCUUCCCAUAUGAUUGUUGUAACUAUUUUUUAUGGUGUUUCCAUUUUCCUCUAUGCUCGACCUUCUAAGGGGAACGUCUUAUCUUUCAACAAAGUGGGUACUGUUUUAAAUACAAUAGUGACACCUUUGAUGAAUCCAUUUAUCUAUACUUUGAGAAACCAGGUAGUCAUAGAGUCUCUAAGACAGACAUUUGCCAAGCUAAAGAGCUUCCUAACAGUAUAG